CGACACUACUAGAAAGCCCUGUGUGAAUACUCAAACUGCUUACUGCUCUUACCUCCCAGUAACAUUGCAAUGAGACGAGAUGUCCAAGAGGGCCAGGCUCGGUGUUUAUCUCGCCUAGGAAGGCAUAAGGAGGCUCUGGAUAUUGCAGAAAAAAUGAGAAACAGUGCUACUAACACAGAUCACUUAACGAUGGUUCUCAACCUGCAGUUUGCCAUUUACCAGGGUCUGGAAAAUGUAGAAAAAAAGAUAAUGUGUCUGCAGCAACUGAUCUGCUUACAUCCUUUCAACCCUUGGUACUGGAAGUUACUUGCUGAAGCUUAUAUGAGCCUUUUACAGAGUUUGUCGUCCUUAGUCGUUCCAGAAACAAAUCUGAACCAGUCUGAAGAGGUUAGUCUAAGUGAUAGUAGUUUCAAAACGUCAACUGGAAGAGGGAUUAGUUUGCAGCCUCACAGAUCAGACGGCCAGAAAGAAGGCCCUUGGUCCAGCCUUGCUACAGAAACAAAGAGGGAGAAUGCAGUGACUUGCAGCAGCAGCCAAGUUUUAAAAGAAUUCCUCUGCACUUCAGAAGAACCGGAAAGUUUGGAUGAAGGGAAGCAUGCAGCCUCUGCGUCCUGGGAGCAGAACACGUCAAAGAAAGUUGAGAUAAAGGCAUGUGCCUCGUUCAUUAGAGCAAGGCUUUUACUUCAGCUUACCCAGUGGCAACAGUCAUCCUUUGUGCUAGAGAAUAACCUAAAAGCUCAAAAAGACAUUGAUGAAAAAGUGGCAGGACUUGGUUUCAAUGAAAACUCCUUGCUGUUGAUGACCAAGGUGAUGGGGCAGGAUCUUAUACCAGAAAAACUAAAAGAGGAAUUUCAAGGUGAGGUAAAAUGCAUAGGCCCUUCACUACUGUCAUCAUUGGUAACUGCAUCAGCCACAGAAUUUGAAAUCAAAUGGUUCGGUAAUCUCCAAGAUGAUUUAUAUCACUUUGACAGACAAUUCUAUUCAGAUAUAUAUCUCCCACUUUUGGUAACUUAA